CAGUUUCUGAGGAUAAAUUGAUAAUUUCAUUGUUGUUUGAACAAGUGUUGUGAACUCAUAAAGGAACCAUCUGUAUUUAUCUUUGAGUCAUCUGCUUGCUUUGGAUUAGCAUAAACGUAUUCGUCGAGAUAACCUUGUUGCUUGCAGAUAUUGUAUGUUGUAAAAAUGGCUAAUAAUUACCGCUAUAUCAACAAAAUAGCACAAAACCUCAGGUCCAUCUCGACUUCAACAGUGAAGAAAGAUGCAUGGCUCUCAAAAAUAUUUGUUCGAAAAAUCGAGCCAACAAAGGAGUCCCACAGUCGGAUGUUGAGUGAUAAAGAAAUCAUUUACGGUCUGCAGACACAUAAUUUCAGGGCUGAUUCCAAAAAACCCUAUUUACAGAAUAUGAAAAAUAGUUUGGAUCUUGUCAAAUCUUUAGGAUCGUUGAAUGGAGUUGAACUAGUCGGAUCUUGGACCGUGAAUGUGGGAGAUCAAGACCAGGCUCUGCAUUUGUGGAGAUUCAAUGGAGGUUAUGAAACCAUUGAUGCUUACAGCAAGAUUGUAGCAGAAAAUGAAGAUUUCCAAAAAUUGAAUGAAGAACAAGGCAGAUUGGUGAGAUCCCGGCAUUUACAGUAUUUAUUGGCAUUUAGUUAUUGGCCUCAAAUUUUGUUGAGACAAACCAAAAAUAUUUAUGAAAUUAGAUCUUACGCCCUGAAACCUGGUACGAUGAUAGAAUGGGGUAACAACUGGGCCCGUGCCAUCAACUUCAGGAAAAAUAACGAUGAACCAUUCGCUGGAUUUUUCUCCCAAAUUGGGAGACUAUACAAUGUCCAUCAUAUUUGGUGCUAUCAAGAUCUCAAUACUAGAAAAGAGACAAGGGAGAGCGCUUGGAGGGCCCCCGGAUGGGAUGAAUGUGUGGCUUAUACAGUGCCCCUGAUCAGAGAAAUGCAUUGUCGAAUAAUGGUGCCCACAGAAUUCUCCCCCACGAAAUGAAAAUCUCCCCUCAAUUUCCCGAGGUCCUGAUAUUGGAAAACUACGAUUUUACCCAAUUUUAUGAAAGUUUAUUUUUCAAACUUGAAUUUUAAGUCGUUUUUUUUAUCGAAUUUUAAUUUUUCAAUCAUAUAGUGAUGAAAUUUGAUUAUAUAUUUUAUUAUAUUACGGUUCUUAAUGGUGAAAAUAAAUAUAUUAUUGUGGUGUAUUAAUUGAGCAUAUUUGAAUGGUAAAGAUGAACUGAAUCCUGUUUAAUUAGACAGUAAUUUUUCGUUCAGUUCUUUUUAUUAGGGCACUAUAAGGAACUGUCAAAAUCGAAGGUUUUGACAAUUAUUUCACUUGUUAUCUGUCAACUUCAGAUGAAUAUUUUGACAACAUUGAGGUUAAAGGAGGUAGAGCACCAUCUUCCUUUCGAGUGAUUGGUGUUUUCCAGUGUAGAAAUAAAAUGCUGACAUAUUAAAGCGAAAAUUUUUAUUUACGUAUAAAAUACAGUUGAAGUAACACUAUGCGUAGUUGCUACUGCAAAAUAAAUAAAGUAAUCGUUGCUUUCAUAACAUUGCUAUACAAUUUUCUCAAUUUACAAUGCACUCAACACUUAUUCCCUUAUUUGAACAGUGGUAGUUUUUAUGAUGAUAUUGGUAAAAUAUAUACAAUGUUAUCUCAUUAUUCUUAUACAGAUUGAAUUGUUGCAUGAAGCUUCUUUCACUUUGAAAAAAAUGAUUAUCUCACUAAAUGUUAGUUCGAAUAAAGCUUGAGGAGGAAAUUUUAUACAAAUAAGGUAAUUUUCUUGGAGAAAACGUUCUGUGUAAUUUCUUAAAUUUUAAUCCUUUCCAUUUUAUUGAUUCUGUCUUCUAUUGAGGUUUUUCCAUUUCGAAGAAUUCUAGGAGGAGCGAUUUCUAAAUGGAAUAAAAUUCAGAAAUUUGCAGAAAGUCUUUACUAACAAUUCAUUCAAUUGUUUACACAACAGAUACCUUAUCCCAUGCCACCCUUCAAAUAAAUACUAUUUUCAAUUGUGAUAACAUUAUACACUGUAAAAUAUUAGAAUC